AGUCGGAGGAGGAGGAGGGAUCUAAAGUCAUUUUCAGCUCUUGUGCUAGCUGAAUUGUUAUUGCUCUAACACUUGAGGAUUUGUAUGCUGAACCGACUGAGUCCUAGAGUCAGGAUGCACUUCUGUCAUAUCGUUGGCUGUGGACUUGUGCUGGCUGUACUGUGUCUAAGGACAGAGGCUAAACCUGUAACUCAGGCACAUCAGAAGUCACUUCGUGUAUUGCUUGGGGAGGAACUGGCCGAAUAUUUAGUUUCUGGAGAAAGGGGAGAACGAAGCAUUGACCCCAAAACUCGUGCCCGACUUUUGAGGGACAUUCGUGCUGACACCCGUUCACGGGCAGCCUGGACCAGACUACUCAACGAGCACCCCAAUUCCCGCAAAUUUAAAGGCAUCAACAAGAAAGGCAUCUCCAAAGGUUGCUUUGGGCUAAAACUGGACCGCAUCGGAGCCAUGAGUGGUUUAGGGUGCUAGAAGCUGGAGCGCCAUCUAGUGGUGGCUCCCAGCACUGACAACGGUUUUCUGAUCACUGGUCAUUAUCCUGUCUUAGUGUAGACACCCAGCUGAGAAUCUUACGUUUCCAGAAGCCAAAGAUUCUGCAGUGGGGGAACGGGCCGGUACGAUGGGACGUAGGACCUGCUGUUACCACAUGUCUGUCUUCGUUUUGUUCCCAGCACACAAGAGCCAUACGUGUGCAUCCUGUGUACAUAUCUGUAACGAGGGCUGCCUAGAUGUUUACAUAUCAGUGUUCAGACACGUGCUUCACCUUUUAGGUGGCCAAGCAGACUCUCACUUGUGUUCUUCACAUGUAGGGUGACUAGGCUUUAUAUGCACAAAAACCAUUCCUAAAUCAUGGCCUGUUGAUGUCUCAGCCGCACGGAAAUCCUCCCCAGGUUACAGUUACAUCAUCACAUACCUGUCUCUAACCUGAGAUUUAACCCUUGACAACUCAAUGUCUUUAGAAAAUGUUUGAAGGUACUUCAAUGGGGCAACACAUUUUGGUUACCACCCCGCCAUGUCUAUAUUAAUGACCAGCCUCUUCUAGAGAGGUCAGUUAUGCUUGAUAAGCUCUACAAAAAAAAAAAAAGGCCGUAGCGCUUUCUGGGAGAAAGGUCGGUCUUGAAACUUUAGUGGCUGCUUAAUGAUUUUGAAUCCUGUCUGUUAGUCUAAUGUCAGUCUUAUCCUGAUCUUGUGGCCAAGUAAAUAAGCUCCAAUGUUCUAAAUGAUAUGCACGGAAUGUUUUUUUUUUUUAGUGUUUUUAUUUUUAGCUUUGUUACAGAGCUGCAAAUUAUUAUAGGUAAACAGGGAAUUACUGUAUGUAGAAUGACUUGCAGCUGUGGAAUUGUAAUUCGUAGGGGUUCCAGCCAACAUGAUACACUAACACUACAUGUGCACUUGCAGAAAUGGUCUAGUAAGGAAGUAAUGUGAAUUUAGACAAUAGCCCUAGGUCAUCCCAGCUCGUGCUGGACUAAUAAAUGUAUACAAUUAUGUAAGAUUUCAGAGCCUAUAAGAUCAUGCCACUGCCCAGGUGUAACUAUCUGGUAUAGGUAACAACAUAGUCAGAUCUGGACAAAAAUCAGUCUGUAUGCAGAGGGUUAAAGUGAAGCUGUCCCAGACACACUAGACCAAAUAGGCAAAGCACACAUGAAGUCUGUACUCACUCCAUGGUUUGCAUUAGGAAGCCCGCAAGCUUUGUCAGAGAGACCCAAUCCAGCAGUGCAAGGAUUAGGUCUCCUGGGGUACUUGUA